GAACUCGGCUAGAAAUCGAACUUCAGCGAGCAGCAACCAGCCAGCAGAAGCAUGGGCGUUUAACCUUUCAAUCGUAUUUACCUGUAUUUGGAUAAAUGAAUUUUCUUUGACAAUCAUCAUCAAAAAGUACUCAUGAUUCAACAACAAAGUAGACUGUGCCUUGGUGCCAUGAAGCUGGUGCAAUGGCCAUCUCUUGGACGGAGUGUUUCAAGAAUAUUAUGGCCUAUUAAUGCCAAAAGUCACACUUCAUUACAACCAUACAGCAAGUCUGCUACUACGGCUCAGGUUGAAAAGCCAACCCCUGAUAAAACUGAAGAAAUUAUAAAAAACAAGAUAAAUGAAGCCCCUAGUCAAAAAGCCUCCAUUAAACCAACAGCGGCAAUUGGUAUAGUCAACAAACCUGAGACACAAUUUCCAACCAGUAAAGAAGUUGAAGCUAUGAUGAAAGUAAAAGCGCUUUCCUCAGCUAUCGAUAUCUGUUCAACAUUUAACCCCCAGCAGCGCAUUCAGGCUCUGAAAAAUUUGGUUGCAGCACAAAGUAGACCUUUGCCAUUAAUUCAAAAAUUAACUGAAGGCAUAAGUGAAGCUGCACCAAAUCUAAAUGUUAAGGAACUGAGUGAUCUACUUUUUGUAUUAGCAAAGCUGAGUUACAUACAUGCUGAUUUGCUAUCAAGUGUUUGUGAAGCACUUAAAACCAAAAUAAAACAAAAUACAAAUGCUGCUGUUAUUGGCUCCUCAAUUUCGAGUCUGAGGAAUCUUCAGUGGAAAGAUCCAGAUCUACUGGAUGAAUGCAGUAUUUGGAUUCAGAAAAACUUCAACCAGUUCCAGAAUCCAACAAUAUUCCUGUAUACCCUUGCCUUGCAAAAUCAUUCACCUCCCAACUUGGAAGACCUUUUAAAGCUCAUUUGGAAGAGGAUGAAAAAUCCUCCACCAGUAGAACUGAUAAACCUUGUUUGGUCAAUUAAUGUUUUAAAUAGUUCAUUUACUGAAGAAGAAACAAGAAAAGCUUUAUCAGGUUUCUUCAACCCAAAAUUCUUGAAAAGUCUUGGGUCAGGCCCUGAAUCUGUGCCACUUUGGAUUAAAUUAUGGAACUUACAAGCUGUGGCAAAAUCCUUGUGGGGUCAAGCAGAAUUGGAAAUCCCCGCUGUUGUUAAAAAUAAGGUUUCAAAGACUCUUGUGAAAAGUGACAAGGCAGCCAUGAUUUCAGAAGCUACACAACUGCUUUUUAAAGACUUGGAUUCCAAUCUUUACUCAACCAACGUACCAUCUAAUAUGGGGUUCCCUAUCGAUUUCACUUUCUGCAUCAACAGUAGCAUGACUGCUGUUCCAUUACAUGUGUCUACCCCUGACAGCAUCAGAUUGGCCGUGAUGAUUCACUCAUACCACGAGUGUUGCCACCCAUCCAAGGAACCAAAUGGAUACAGAGUUUUUGAAAUGAGGCUGCUGGAGGAAGAAUAUAAAGUAAUAUCUGUUCCAUACCACAUACUUGGGGGCGGAUAUGCCCAGGUACAUGAGUUCUUUGAAUCAACUCUAAGUACAAUUGCACAGAAGAAUAAGUAACUUGAAACAUCUGGAUUUCACCUUCCUUUUUAGGGUCUGUGUGAAAUGUUUUCAUUUUCUGUUAUUUAAGUUUCAGUAUGAUUCAAAUUGUAAAUAAAAUAAAAUAUUGAAAUAGUU